CCGACAGGGCGCGCGCUCCUACUGGCCGCCGAUUGGCUGCACGCCUGGCCGGCUGCGCACCGCCCUGGGCUGGCACAGUGGGCGCGUGAGCGCAGCCGGCAGCCGGAUGGCUGCGCUCCGCCGGGCAGCGCGGCUGUGCGCGGCCGUGGGGUUCCGGGGGUGUUGCCCGGUCAGGGGCUACGCCGGGGGCCCUGCUCAGAGCCCGCCCACGUUUGGGUUUUUAUUGGACAUCGAUGGAGUGCUGGUGCGGGGCCACCGCGUGAUCCCUGCAGCUCUGGAAGCCUUCCACAAGCUGCGCAACGCCCAGGGACAGCUGCGGGUGCCUGUGGUCUUUGUCACGAACGCCGGGAACAUCCUACAACAUGGCAAAGCCAAAGAGCUGUCAGACCUGUUGGGAUGCAAGGUGGACCCAGAUCAAGUGAUUCUCUCCCACAGCCCGCUGAAGCUCUUCUCCCAGUACCAUGACAAGCGAAUGCUGGUGUCUGGGCAGGGACCCCUGGUGGAAAAUGCCCAAGCAUUGGGCUUCCGGAACGUGGUUACUGUGGACCAGUUGCGGGCGGCCUUCCCUGUGCUUGACAUGGUGGAUCUUGAGAGGCGGCCGAAGACCACGUCCCUACCAAGGAAUGACUUCCCAGCCAUUGAAGGGGUACUGCUCCUUGGGGAGCCGGUUCGCUGGGAGACGAAUCUGCAACUGAUCAUGGACGUCCUCCUCAGCAACGGGAACCCUGGGACGGGCCUUGCCACAGACCCCUACCCUCACCUCCCUGUGCUAGCCAGCAACAUGGACCUCCUGUGGAUGGCAGAAGCCAAGAUGCCCAGGUUUGGCCAUGGCACUUUCCUGCUGUGCCUGGAAACCAUUUACCGGAAGGUGACGGGCAGAGAGCUGAGAUAUGAGGGCCUGAUGGGCAAACCCAGCAUCCUCACCUACCAGUACGCGGAAGAGCUGAUCAGACAGCAGGCUGAGCGCCGGGGCUGGGUUGCCCCCAUCAGGAAACUCUAUGCUGUGGGCGACAACCCCAUGUCUGAUGUCUACGGUGCUAACCUGUUCCACCGGUAUCUGCAGACAGCGAAACGUGAUGGGUCAGAGGCGCUAGGGGCUGGGGGCCUGCAGAAGCAGCAGCCUCCGGCCACCCAGAGCUGCAUCUCCAUCCUGGUAUGCACGGGUGUGUAUAGUCCCAGGGAUGUGGUGUGCGGAGGCCCUGGCCUGGGAGGUGGCGAGCUGCCCUUCCAUGGGCACCGGGACUUCAGCUUCAGUCCUGGCCUCCUGGAGGCCUCCCACACUGUGAAGGAUGUCCAUGAGGCGGUACAGCUGGUUUUCCGUGAGGAGGGCUGGGCUUUGUAGUAACGAUGGCGUGGGCUCCCGGCCUCUGCCUGCUGCCCUGCAAGUGUGAUGUCGGUGGUCACUCGGAGGAGACGAUGGAUGUUUGGGCAGCAGAACAGAAGCAAGCCCUGCAGGGGGCGGAGGCCCUCUCACGGCGGACCCUCAGGACUUUCUAAACCCAGUUCCUGGCCAGCUCUCCUGGCCGACCUCAGGCAGCCCUUUUACUUCUGUGCCUCGGUUUCUUCCUCAUCUGAGAAGGGACUUGUGGAAGAUGGGGAGGCUGUGUGGUGCUCGAUGUGGAAACUGCUGCCACCCUUCUGCCCUCCUUGGUGGAGCCACCAUGGGUCAGCCAGUUGCAUGACUCACACGCUAA